AUGUCCCAAUAUUUUGCUAUUAUAGGGAAGGACGAUAAUCCUGUGUAUGAAGCAGAAUUUUCCGGUAAAUUAGGUCCACAAGGUCAAAUACAAGGGUUUCCUCAGGAUUUGAAGGAAUUGAAUCCAUUUAUAUUACAUGCAUCAUUAGAUAUAAUAGAAGAUUUACAAUGGCAGCCGAAUUUGUCAUUACAAGGUGGAGCUGCCGGCUCCGGUGGAUCUGGAGGAUUUUUGAGGUCAAGAAAUAAUACAAAUGCAAGCAAUUGCUACCUUGGUAAAGUUGAUCAUUUUUAUGGUAUUAUAAUUACUGCAUAUUUGACUUACAGUGGCAUGAAAUUUGUGAUGCUCCAUGGGAAUUCAGUAUCGACAACUGUUCAAAUAGAUGAUAAUAACGUCAAGUCGUUUUACCAAGACGUUCAUGAAUUAUAUACAAAGACAAUUUUAAAUCCAUUUUACAAUGUUGGCGAUCCUAUUAGUAGUGCUUCCUUUGAUUCUAGAGUACGAGCAUUGGCUAGAAAAUACUUAGGAAAAUAA